ACACUCUUCUUCCUCGAUCUCGCUGUAGGGGUUUCUAGGGUUUAUCUCUCUCUCUCUCUCUCUGCACAUUCCGUAACCAUGGAGUCUCUAGGGAAGCUACACCUCAAUCAACACCCAAUCCACCUCUCCCUCACUCAAUCCCCUUCAUCAUUUCCCCAAAAAUCAUCAUCACUCUCCUUCAAAUCCUCUCGCCGAUCAACUCCCUCCGUCAGAGCAUCGUCCUCAUCGAAACCCCAACCCUUGCAAUCACUACCUUCCCGUCUCCUCAAAUCCACAUGCAUCACCUUCACCGCCGCCUCCGCCCUGUUCUUCGCGAAUCUCCACCUCAAAUCUCCACCAGCGAUCGCAGCUCCCCUGACACCCUCAGUAGAAUCCCUAAAACAGAGCAGCGUCGACGUUUCCUUGGAAGAAGAAGAGAGAUCUCUAGAAGAGCAUCUAUCUUCUCACCCCGACGACGUAACCGCUCUCCGCUCCCUAAUGGAGGUAAGAAUCAAAUCCCGCAAGCUCCCAGAAGCGAUAGAGCUAAUCGAUCGUUUGAUCGAGCUAGAACCGGAGGAGAAAGAAUGGCCGAUCUUGAGAGCCAACAUCUUCAGCCACAGCGGAGACUCGGAAUCCGCCAAAACCGCCUUCGAGGAGAUCAUAUCCAAGGACCCGCUCCGCGUCGAGGCCUACCACGGCCUAGCCAUGGCCUACUCCGACUCAGGCGACGGCCUAAAGGCCGUGGAGGAGAGGAUCCAAGAGGCGAUGGCUAAGUGCAAGAAGGAGAGGAAGAAUGGGAAGGACCUCAGGGAUUUCAAGCUGCUGGUGGCGCAGAUUCGGGUGCUGGAAGGGAGGCACGAGGAAGCGCUGAAGCUGUAUCAGGAGCUAGUGAAGGAGGAGCCGAGGGAUUUCAGGCCGUAUCUCUGUCAGGGGAUUAUAUACACGCUUCUUAAGAAGGGAGGCGAGGCGGAGAAGCAGUUUGAGAAGUUCAGGAGGCUUGUUCCCAGGAAUCAUCCUUAUAGAGAGUAUUUUAUGGAUAAUAUGGUUGCGACGAAGCUCUUUGCGGAGAAGGCACAGAGAGAGAUGGCUGGAACUAAGGGUUGAGAGUCAUGAGUUGUGGGGGGUAAUGAUGGUUGUCUCACGAAGUGCUUGGUAGGGGUUUUCUUGAUGGUGGUUGUAGUAGGUGUGUGAACUUGAAUUUGAUAUGAUGUGAGUGUGUUGAAUCUUAAUCCAUGGGAGUUUAAAAAUCUUUUUGCAGUGUAUUUUUGAAUGUGAUAAAAUGUUGAAAUGAUUUGGUACCC